AUGCUCUCACAAAGUUUUUCUCCUGCUCUUUGUCUUUGUCCAGGUGACUAUGUGGUGCUGACUGUCUUCUUUGACCUGAGCAGGAGGAUGGGCUACUUCACCAUCCAGACCUACAUCCCAUGCACACUGAUCGUUGUCUUGUCAUGGGUCUCUUUCUGGAUAAACAAGGAUGCAGUCCCUGCCAGGACGUCACUAGGCAUCACAACUGUGCUGACCAUGACCACACUGAGUACCAUUGCGAGAAAAUCUCUUCCGAAAGUGUCAUAUGUGACUGCCAUGGACCUGUUUGUGUCUGUCUGCUUCAUCUUCGUCUUCGCCGCGCUCAUAGAGUACGGCACGCUGCAUUAUUUUGUCAGCAACAGGAAGCCCAGUGCCAAAAAGGACAAGAAGAAGAAAAACCCGACACCGACCGUGGACAUCCGUCCCCGCUCGGCCACCGCCAUCCAGAUGAACAACGCCACGCACAUGCAGGAGCAGGACGAGGAGUACGGCUACGAGUGUUUAGACGGCAAGGACUGCACCAGCUUCUUCUGCUGUUUCGAGGACUGCCGCUCCGGAGCCUGGCGGCACGGCAGGUUGCACAUCCGCAUCGCCAAGAUAGACUCGUACGCACGCAUCUUCUUCCCCACUGCGUUCGGCCUCUUCAACCUGGUCUACUGGGUGUCCUAUCUCUAUCUCUAG